UUUGUCAUUAAGACAUUUAGCAAAAAUUUGAAAUAAGAAACAUGGAUCCUGAGGAAGAGAAAAGGAUCAUAUUAAACUCGUAUCUGACAGUAUAUAACAAAGACUAUAUUCCAAAGAAAAUCGAAAUUCACGACAGAGCUAAAUAUAUUACAAAGCAAGAAUUUGAUGAUCCAGUCUGCGAAGGGUUUAAAAACUACCUAGAAUUAGAUGGUGAUAAUAUUGAACCGCCUAGAGAGGCUUGCGAUGAUUAUUUAGAAAAAGUGAAAAAAGAAAAGCCAAAAAUUGGAAAAAUGUACUUUGAAACGCCUGUUGAUCAUAUUAUAGUCAAAGGAGACAACUUAUUAAAGGGAAAAUCUGUAUAUCAAGUAGAGUAUUGUGAUAUAGAAUCUGAUAUAAGAAGAAAGUUGUUGGACACUAAUAAAAAAGAUUAUACUUUGCCGGAAGGCUGGGAAAUUCCCCUGACCACUCAGAAAUACGAUUUUAGAAAUCCCAUACUUCUGAAUGAAAAUGCCAUGGAACCUACCCACAUGAUUAAAAAGUCAGAUAACUUGGGUCAAAAUGAGAAAAUUAACGAAAUUUUGCAAGUGAAGACUGCCGACAGCGAAUACAAUCAGACUAUUGGAAAAUUGGGUGACUUUAUUGUGACUGAAGAGAUGCAUGGAAAAAUAGCACGUCCAAGAUUCAGUAAAUGUAAUAAUAACAAAUAAUAUCAUUAAAAAAAUAUUAAAAU